AUGGCAAACGAUUGGAAUUGUCAAACAGCAGAUUUGGUUUUAUUCAGCUCUAUAUUCUUCUACUCUUAUGGCAUUAUGCAAAUCUUUGCAGGCCUCUUAAGUGACAUUAUGGAACCAGCAUUUUUAAUCGGAGGCUCGCAAUUAAUUUGUGCUGUUGGCUCAAUUAUAUGCGGCUUAGCUACAAAACCAGCUUAUGGUACUAUUGGAAGAUUACUUGUUGGUUUAGGCUGCGGCCCUGUUUAUGUCCCAAUUUGCCGCUGCAUGGCAAACUGGUUUGAUCUGAAAUGGUAUCCCACACUUUCUGGUGUCUUAAUUGUCAUUGGUGGUCUUGGCGGUUUACUUGCCUCUCGCCCACUACAGAUGUUAACUUCAGCUUUAGGCUGGAAGAAUACUUUUCAUCUCUUCGGAGGAAUCACAGGUGUCCUUUCCAUUCUUUGCAUCAUCAUUGUUAGAGGAAAUCCUACAACUCUUGGUUAUAAGCCAGUAAAUCUCGAAACUUCUGAUACAACUAGUGAUGAAACUCUUAAGAUGAAACUCGUUCAGCUGAAAGAUAAUAUACUUGUCAUUCUUAAGAAACCAGGGUACUUUCUGAUUUCAUUUUAUUCUCUAUUGGCCAACGGACCAUACUACAAUACAGCUGCUCUUUGGGGAAAACAGAUUAUCCGCGAUGUUUUCAAUUACUCUGCAAUGGAUGCUUCUAAUGCUUUGAUCACAAAUUCUCUUGGUGUCAUUUUCGCUGCUAUUAUACUUCCAUUUACCUCUGAUCACCUUCAUUCUCGUAAAUGGGUUCUCUUUGCCAUUAGCGUUCUUGGUGGAGCAGUGCAUCUUUGGGCAUUUAUUGCUGGUGAAAAACUCCAGAAAUGGGCUGUUUAUACAAUUUUUGCUAUCAUUGGCUUCACGACUUUGCCGGCUACAUCAGUGUGCUACCCACUUCUUAGAGAAUACUUCCAUGUUUCUGUUGCAGGCUCUGCUAUUGGUUGUGCAAACUUCGUCGCUUUCAUUUUCAGCGGCCUUUACCAAUCUUUGUCGUCUGCUAUCGUUAAGUCUUACGGAGAGAGGGCUCCUAACGUUUAUACAGUUAAGGGAUUUAAGCUGGGAUUUUGGAUGCUUGGUAUGAUUUAUAUGUUUGUAGGUGGCUUAGUUGCUGCAAUCUUGAAAGAUUCCGAGUUCAUCUCAACUAAAAAGAGAGUUAACUUGGAAUUGCAAAAGUCAUUGCUUGGAGAAACAAGUGAUAUCCAAUCUAUGGAUGAGAUGGGAACAAAAAUUAUAUAA